UCGCUGUCGGUGCAGGAUCACGCCGCAAAACUUUCAAAACUGUUCAAGUCGGGGUGACGGAUUGCAUUUGCGUAAGCGCGUAGACACACUGCACACAUAAUCAAUCAGGUUGACUUUUGUUUUGUUCUCUACCUGAGAUUAAAACACCUUGGUGUGUGGUAUAAAUCUAGUGUCUGUACCAAGUAGAUGAAUAAACAUCGAAUUCCUAAAUCUUGUGGAGGCGCGCAGCGCAAAUGUUUGCGAUGCGGUAAUAGUAUUUUAAUCAAAUCAAUUUUACUGAAAGCCAUAUUGGAUUACGUCCGUCAGCAGAUCGCAAAAAAUUAUGGAUGCGCAGUUGAAGAUUGAUACAACUUCUAUAUUUGAUUGAUAAACGAUUGGAGCGAUUCAGUCCUUGAGUGACCGUGGUGUGGAAAACUUCCAACUACGGCAACAAGUGUUAGUAGUGAAACAAUUGUCGGCACAGAGACAACAUGUUUUUCCAAUUUUUCGCCGGGACGUCGGAUGUCUGCGACCAGCAGGAAAUCUUCUUCUCAAAGCUUUCAAAUAGCACCAAAUUCGAAGAGUCGACUUCCGAGGUUCGCCGCGUGGCUUACCAAAUAAUCGCGCCACUGACGGUAGCGAUGGGCAUCUUCGGAAAUGUGUUAAAUCUGCUAGUGAUAACAACCAAGCCUUUCAUUAAAGGCAGUACUCGAGUGUAUUUAACCGCUCUGGCAAUCUCGGAUGUUACCGUGAUGAUUACCACCAUCCCUAUGGUUGUCCGAUGGAAUUAUUCGCAAUCGAAAUCAUUUGAAGCGGCAUUUUAUUACGCGCACAUUGAACUAUUCCUUAAUAAUACAUUUAUUGCGUCCAGUGUGUUUAUAGUGGUUUGUUUGACGGUUGAGCGAUAUUUUUCAGUUUGUCUACCGACAAAGUUCCGCAAUGUGCACAGUAUACGCGUGGCGAAGUUUGCCAUCUUGGGAUGCUACGGCACCGCUAUUUUGGUGAGCGCUCCCUUGACAGCCCUAAAAAAUGUCUGCCGUUUGAAUUUUACUGGUCGGCGCGAUUGCGUUGAAUGGGAUUUUCAUGAAAACGAAGCCAUCACCGACACGAUUUACUGGAAAAUCUAUUUGUUCAUAUCAGAGGGCCUUGUUCGCUUUGGACCCUGCGUUGUUCUCAGCGUUCUGAACGUGCUCAUCAUUCGAAAGUUUCGAAUCAUCACAAACAAGCGCAAAAUCCUUCGGGAGGCUUUGAUAAGAACACGUAAUCGCGAUGUUUUUGAUCAGGAGAGCAAAGCCAAGUACAAGAAAGCUUUGCGCAGCAAAAAAUACCACGAAGAAAAACGUCUCAUCGCUCUUCUACACGCUAUCGUCGUGCUGUUUUUCAUCACGAUGACUCCAUCUGCCAUUUUGUCACUAGUCUAUUCUGAAUCACAGGAAGCAUGGUUUGGUUUUCAAGUCUUCCGCGCAGCUGCAAACAAUUUAGAACUGGCCAAUUUCGCAAUGAAUUUUUAUGUGUAUUUCUUCUGCAGUAAGGAGUUUCGAUCAGCUCUGGGACAGUUUAUCACCAGCUGCACAGUAUGCGAAGAGGAAACAAGCGGCGAUGUCGAAAUGGCCGAUGUUGAUACUGACAAAAUUAACAAUAUGUUAAAAGUUAUUAAAAUGGAUGAUAUUUCUGAUUUUAAUUCGACCGGCGAGCGUUUUUCGGUGGACUAUUCCGCAAAGUCUGUGACUGGUGUUAACGAUUAGGUGUGGGCCGCAUUUUUAGAGCUCGACAGUAUUGCGUAGGCAGUGCCGAGUUGCAGUGCAGUGCAUUGGAACGUUCAUAAAUCUCGAAAUAUGUUGAAAGUCGGCUAUUACCAGUCUACAUUGAGCGCCAGCCAAAGAUUUUUGUGAGAUAAUCGAAUUUGAGCGAUUUUUUUCUGUCAGAUUAUAUAAUUUACAGCUGGUUACACUUGGUAUGAAGACAUAAUAUAACACACCCCGUUUUUAUAGGAUUGUAAUGUUUACUUUUCGUUUAUACUCGCUCAUGAUACUGAUACUUGCAAGACUUUUUUAUGCUGGAAAUAUCCGAUUUAUUAGAAACGAAAACAAAGCGUAGGACAAAAACUAAAUAUAGACACGGUCAGGAAAUUAAUAAAAACGUAUAUAAGCAUAAGGUUUCUGCAUAGAAAUGAAAGAAUAGAAACCUAUACCAUAUGUCCUAGUUUGUUUAAAGAAAAACCUAUUUUAAUAUCUAAUAAUUGUGAAUAUAUGUAUAUUUUAUAAAUAAGUAUACCAUUGUAUUUA